AUGGUUAAAAUCAGAGGAGGAUCUACUAGUGCCAGACAGUCUUUUAGACUUAGAGAUGAGGACAUUGAAAUUGUGGAACCGUCUACCAAAGCACCUAAAAAGAAGAUUGUGACCCGUGGUGGUAAAGUGAAGCAAACUGCCCAAAGAAAAAGGGCUUCUCCAACUGCUGAACCAUCUGAUGAGCAGAUGGAAGAGCAGAACUCUGAAGGAAACACAGUUGGUGGAAAUGAGGAACCAGAACAGGCUACCCAGGAUGAUGAAACUGUCACAAGGUCAUCUGGUAAAAGGAAAAGAACUGCAAAAAGGAAGAGCACUCCCCAAUCCAAGAAAAAGCAAUCUGCUGAUCCCUCUGAUGAUCAGCAGAAUGAAGGAAACAUUGCUGAAAAUCAGCAAACACCUGAACCCUCCACCAGGAAAUCUCCAAGGACAAGGACUGUGGUUCAAAAUGUUGGGUCAUCUGCCACACAAACCUCGAAAAGGAAACGUUCUAGGAAGGAUCCAGAGACUGUGGCUGAGUCUAGAAGGAAAAACUUUCAUGAAACCCCUGUCACUCCUAAGACUCCUCGUGAUCAGUCAGACUAUGUCUCUCCUUUCACCAUUCAUCCUAGAAAGUCUGCCAGCAAGUCCCUCUCUUCCAAUUCUGAGGUCAUCUCCUUGCUUGAAGACCUCAAACAGCAUAAAGAGCCAAGACCUGAGCCCACAGGGCCAACUACUGGUACUGAGGCCACACCAACUUCCAGCUCUCAGCCCAAGGAUAAAGGCAAGGCUCCAGCUACUGAGGAGACAUAUGAAGAAGACGAUGAAGAAACUGAGGAAGAAGUGGCUCCUAAACAGUUUCGUCUGAUCAGGAGGAGGCCUGGAUCAUCUAAAAUCACUAUCUAG